CUCCCCGGACCCCGCACUCCCUAUAUCCGGCCUCCCCGGACCCCGCACUCCCUAUAUCCGGCCUCCCCGGACCCCGCACUCCCUAUAUCCGGCCUCCCCGGACCCCGCACUCCCUAUAUCCGGCCUCCCCGGACCCCGCACUCCCUAUAUCCGGCCUCCCCGGACCCCGCACUCCCUAUAUCCGGCCUCCCCGGACCCCGCACUCCCUAUAUCCGGCCUCCCCGGACCCCGCACUCCCUAUAUCCGGCCUCCCCGGACCCCGCACUCCCUAUAUCCGGCCUCCCCGGACCCCGCACUCCCUAUAUCCGGCCUCCCCGGACCCCGCACUCCCUAUAUCCGGCCUCCCCGGACCCCGCACUCCCUAUAUCCGCUCUCCCCGGACCCCGCACUCCCUAUAUCCGCUCUCCCCGGACCCCGCACUCCCUAUAUCCGCUCUCCCCGGACCCCGCACUCCCUCUCUCCCCGGACCCUGCACUUCCUAUAUCCGCUCUCCCCGGA